AUGUAUGGCCUGUAUUUGGAAGCAGUGAAUGACUACAUUAAUGAAUCAUAUGGAGAGGACGUAUGGAGGCUAAUCGAGGCCAGAGCAGAGAUCCCGCACCUCAAAUUUGUUCGACACCAGAUGUACAAUGAUAAUCUGAUCCUAAGAUUGGCAAAGGCAGCUGGAGAGGUUUUGGGAAAGACUCACGAUGAGCUGAUGUACGCUUUCGGGGUCUACAUGGUCAAGCGGAUAGGAAACUAUGGCUAUGAGAGGAUCUUAAAGGUACUGGGGCGCAAUGUACGAGAUUUCAUCAAUGAGCUUGAUAACCUGCAUGAGUACUUCCGUUUCUCCUUCCCAAAAGUCCAGCCACCCAGUUUCUGUGUAGAGGAAGAAUGUGAGACGAGUCUUACCCUGCACUACCGUUCAACCAGGAAGGGAUUCACACAGUUUGUCAAAGGGCAGCUCUCUCAGGUGGGCCGACAGUUUUACAACACAGACAUUGAAGUGGAGAUUCUGUCUAAAGAGGAAACAGAGAAAAUGACAUAUGUGGUGUACAAGAUGAAUUUUGACAAUGCUGCGUUUAAGCACCGUAUGCCCCAGCAGAAAACAGCUCCAGGAUUAAGAUUGGCAAAGGCAGCUGGAGAGGUUUUGGGGAAAACUCACGAUGAGCUGAUGUAUGCUUUCGGGGUCUACAUGGUCAAGCGGAUAGGAAACUAUGGCUAUGAGAGGAUCUUAAAGGUACUGGGGCGCAAUGUACGAGAUUUCAUCAAUGAGCUUGAUAACCUGCAUGAGUACUUCCGUUUCUCCUUCCCAAAAGUCCAGCCACCCAGUUUCUGUGUAGAGGAAGAAUGUGAGACGAGUCUUACCCUGCACUACCGUUCAACCAGGAAGGGAUUCACACAGUUUGUCAAAGGGCAGCUCUCUCAGGUGGGCCGACAGUUUUACAACACAGACAUUGAAGUGGAGAUUCUGUCUAAAGAGGAAACAGAGAAAAUGACAUAUGUGGUGUACAAGAUGAAUUUUGACAAUGCUGCGUUUAAGCACCGUAUGCCCCAGCAGAAAACAGCUCCAGGAUAUGAGAAACUGCCCAUGAAGCGAGGAAUCUUUUUUGACAUGUUCCCCUUCAGCGUGAUAUUCCGCAGAGACAUGACCAUGUAUCGGAUCGGAGAUGGUUUGAAAGAGGUGUUUUCUGAUCUGCAGGGCAAAAAGGUCAAUGAGGAGUUUACCCUGAUCUACACCCACCUCAACAAUGUGUUUGAACUGCUGUCUAAAGCUGUGGUAGAGAGCAAACAGAAGAUCAACAUCCCUAAACUCAGCAAAGAAGAACCAGAGGAGAAAGAGGAGAGUGAAAAACCCAAAAAGGAAGAGAGAGACACUAAAGUGAUGGAGGAAAUGAAGGGGACGGAUCAGGAAUACAGCAGCUCUCUGACUCAGUACAACAGCUCGGCUAAUUCUGGAGGAGAGGACAUCGAGCUGCUGGCUUUUCAGACUGUCACCGGCAAGUGCAGUGAAACCAUAUUUGAAGACAUGCGGGAGCCCCCUAAAAAGCCUCUCCACCUCAAGGGCCAGAUGAAGUAUGUCCCUCAGUGGGACUCCCUCAUCUUUCUAGGAACUCCCAUUAUUGAGACAGUGGAGGACAUGAUAAAAAUGGGUGUUUACGUCAAUGAUUUAAACCUGCACGACUCCAGCAGAGAGCUCAUCCUGGCAGGAACACAGCAAUCAGCCGAGCUGCAGCUGGCACUUGACCAGGAGCAGCAGAAGUAUGCACAGCUGCAGGAGAUCAUUAAAAAGCUGGAUGAGGAGAAGAAGAGAGGAGACUCCCUGCUGUACGCCAUGAUCCCCAAAGCAGUAGCGGACAGACUGCGCAAGGGAAUCACAGCUCUGGAGACAUGUCAGGUGUUCCCAGACGUGACCAUCCUGUUCAGUGAUGUAGUGAAGUUUAAUGAGAUUUGUAUCCACAUCACCCCCAUGCAGGUGGUGGACAUGCUAAAUGAGAUCUACAUCGUUUUUGACACACUCAGCGAGAAGCACAAUGUCUAUAAGGUGGAGACCAUUAGGGAUGCCUACAUGGUUGUGGCAGGUGUGCCCAAUAAGACCACAUUCCAUGCCCACCACAUCUGUGACAUGGCUCUAGACAUGUUGAGCUCCAUUGAUCACCUAAAAGACCCCUCCACCGGGGACAACAUCCAGAUCCGUGUCGGCAUUCACUCUGGAAUGGUGGUCGCAGGUGUGGUGGGUCUGAAGAUGCCCAGGUAUUGCCUGUUUGGAGACACAGUAAACACGGCUUCUCGGAUGGAGUCUAAUGGCGUGGGCAUGCAAAUCCACAUCAGUCAGACUACCAAAGACCAUCUGGAGCAUGAACCAUACAUCAUCGAGGAACGAGGAAAGAUUUUUGUUAAGGGUAAAGGUUAUAUGAAGACAUACUGGCUGAAGGGAAAGAGAGAUCUCUCAUUUAAGACCCCAGCAGAGCUCAGAUACAGCAAUGAGCAGAAAGACUCAGAAGACAGAAGCUCAAAUGGUUCCACGAGCACCAACAGCAAACAUUCCCCAUCAAACAUGAACACCCCCAAUGAGGAGCAGGCUGAGGGCAAACCCACUCCCACUGACUUGCCCCCUGACACCCUGCCAGCACUAGAGGGCGCUACAGACCCAAACACAUUCAAUGAGUCCCAGGACAAAGAAAAGGUUAAAAAGACAAAGAAUAGCAAAGGAGGGAAGGCAGAGAACGCUUCUGUUAAUGCGCAGGAAAGCACUCCCCCUGCUGGCAGCCAGGAGAAUGCAGCUCCAGAGCUAAACGACAAAAAGCACAGUUUCAGAAGCCAGUACUCAAGAUUACCAGCUAACCUCCCUAUGCGAAGCACAGCCUGCAAUCUGCUGUGA